AAUUUUUUUUAAAUUCAUGAUAAAGAAAGGAACUUUUCUUUGACAGCACUGUUGUUAUCUACAAAUCUCACUUGAUUAUGCCUGGUGAAAUGAUUCUGUUGCUUGAGAUUUUAAUACCAAACAUAAGCCUUUUAUUAUUCAGGCAAUCCAUCUAUUGCAAAGCUAGGGCUUGUUUCAGUUCUUGUCUUUCUCUAUAGAUAUUUUUGAAAUUUUAAAUAUUAAUCAUUUUUUAUGGAAACAGAUUUCAACUAUAGGCUUUCUUGUGACUGUAAAUGCUGUACUUCGAAGGACUGGACUUUUUUAUUAUUUUUAUUAUGAUAUGGUAUGAUAGGUAUGAUACUUUCUGCUGAUAGAUACAAGUACAUCAAUUCAGAAAAAACUGGCAGCAGAAAUCUUCAAAUAAAUUCCAAUACCUGAUUUCUCAAAUCAGAAAAAUGUACUACCUGAAAUGUCAGAAAGGAAAAUACAUCGCAAGGAUUAAGUAGGAGAUAAACUUACCAUAAUGUAUCUUUAUCUGAUUUCCUAUAGAAGUUCUGAAUCCUGCAGUACUGUGUCCUACUUGCGAUGUUGCAGCCUCCUUUUCAGGAGCGACGAAUGGCAGAGGUCACUGGUGCCCAGCAGAUAGCAGUGAAAUUUCUAAGACACCUACUUAGGGAACAAAGCAUGUGCACAGUACAAUACAGAAGGUGCAACGUAACAUUGUUCCGAGAGAACUGCGUGUAUUUUCGUCUGACCCUUCGAUAUGUUCCUGAAAGCUCUCAAGACAAAAUUAUUGCUGAUGAAGAUGUCUUUGAAACACUACUGAAAACAUUUAAAGCUCUGUUCAUAAAUGACUUCAGUAGACAAGCAGAUAUUCUGGCCUUACUUCCAGAAGUCAAGUGUCAAUAUCUGAAGUUACUUACUGUGGAGCAGAAGUGGUCAGAAGUAAAGUCUUGUAACCAUCGGGGUCAGCACGUGUUCAGUCCUGAGGAGGUUUUGUUUAACACACUUGGGUUCACUGUUAGCAGAGACCGGAGUUCGCUGGUGUCUGCUGGAACUGGAGUCUUUGUUACCAGAGGUUUUGUUCCAAAAGGGACAGUUGUGUCUAUGUAUCCUGGUACAGUAUACAGAAAGCAUGAGCCCAUCUUUUUCCAGUCCCUUGGCAAUCCCUUUAUUUUUAGGUGCAUUGAUGGUGUCCUUAUUGAUGGGAAUGAUAAGGGACUGUCAAGAUCAGUGUACAGGUCUUGCAGCAGAAGAGAUCAGCUUGGCCCUUUUCAAAUGAGUGAUGAGAGUUGGCUUACAGCCACCCUGCAAAACCCACUGGCAGUGGGACAGUAUGUCAACAACUGCUCACAUGAAAAAGCAGCAAAUGUGUGUUAUCAAGAGUUUGAUGUGCCAGGACAUUUUCCAGUAGAACUGAAACAAUAUCUUCCGAACAUCGUCUACAGCCAUGACAUAGAGAGCCACUUGAGGUGUGUAGUUCUUGUCGCUCUCAGAGACAUCAAGCAAGGAGAAGAACUUUUUUCAAAUUACUACACUGUUGUCAGCUGAAUUAAUAGAUUCAAAACUGAAGAAAUCUGUGUCAAUAAAAUAUGUAUGGUGCCUGUA